AUGUCGGAAUCGUGUCAAGACGGUAAUUGUCAUGGAAUUAAUGAAUAUGGGCCUGACGAAUCACCCACAAAACUUAUUGUCAAUUAUAUUCCCGAAGUCAUGACGCAGGAUAUGAUGUUCUCACUAUUUUCAACGAUGGGUAAAUUAGAAAGUUGUAAAUUGAUAGCUAACAGAGGAUAUGGGUUCGUCGAGUACACUUGUCCUGAAGAUGCAAUCAAGGCUCGUAAGGCUUUUAAUGGUCUAUUGAUGCAGAACAAAACUUUAAAAGUGUCACAUGCGCUGCUCAACCCCGAGCUAAAACCUCCAUCGAAACCGGAAGCGGACUGGAACCUCUACGUAUGUAAUUUACCUAAUGAACUGACCUUGCAGGAUUUACACGGACUUUUCGCACAAUUUGGUAAAAUAGUCAAUUCUCGUAUAGCCGCUGGCAUAGCUUUUGUAUUGUAUGAACACCAAUUUGAGGCAGAGAGAGCCAUUCAGAAUAUAAAUGGCACCACACCGCCUGGUUUUUUACAUCCAUUAACUGUUAAGUAUGCUAAUAAGAGUAAUCCAAAUAAACAUAAAAACAAUAACAAUAAUUUUUCUAAAAACCCUCUGGUAAAACCUUAUCAUUGGAUAAAUCACAUGAGCGCCUUAGGAGAUCAUAACUCGCCAAGCACAUGGUCUAUUUAUAUUUAUAAUAUUGCUCCUGAAGUAGAAGAGUUGACUUUAUGGCAAUUAUUUGGUCCAUAUGGUGCUAUUGUAUCUGUAAAAAUUAUAAAAGACCAUCAAACGAAUAAGAGUAAAGGAUUUGGAUUUGUAACUAUGAGAAACUACGAUCAGGCAGCUAUGGCAAUACAGGCUUUGAAUGGAUAUGUUCUCCAUGGCCAACCUCUCUCUGUAAGUUUCAAAACACAAAAGAGAUAA